UUUGACACAUUACUGACAGCAGAUUAAGAUUUACUAUGUCAAUUGUAAAUCGUAUUUGAAAAUAGAGUGGAAAAUAAUUUUAGUUAGCGGUACCUAAGGAAACAAGCAUGAGGAGAACAUUCCGGCGGCUCGAUGAGCCCAAUAUGAGCGACAGCUCCCUGCUCAUCAAGGUCGAGGACCUCAUCUCCAUGGCGCUCGGCUCCGAGACUCAAAACUUAGUGAAUUUUAAGCACAUGCAGACAGUGUUGUUCAUGUUGGCCCGACAACUGCGCAUGCUUGAACAACAGGUUGAAAUUAGGAUGUUUGAAUCUGAAGAGGAGGUGACUCCCGAAGUGACGAAAAGCGAGAAAAAGAUGAGGAGAAAAAGGACGACAGUUCAUGAUAGAAAAGAGACAGGUAUAGAUAAAAAAGGUAAGAAACAGAAAGAUACUGACGAAACCGAUGAGGAUACGGAAGUCUCUCGUAGAGGAACUAGGAAAAAAACAUUAAAAAGUGAGGAAAAACAAAAGAAAGAAACUGAGAAGACUCCUGAAAAAGAAAAAAGAGUUACCGCUAAAGACAUUAAGCCCACCGAAAGGGAAAAAUCACCGGGCGAUAAGAAAGCCCGAGCCGACAAAGACAUAAGUUCCAGCGAUAAAGAUAGGGGCGCUAGAAAAGUUCCUGAGACUAAAGUUCCUGUCGAAAAAGAUAGAUUAACCGCGAUCAAAGAAAAGGCCGAACAAGAGAAGAAAUUUACGGAAAGAAUUAAGAAACAGAAAAUUAAAGCUGGUAUCUCCGAUUCAAGCAUUGAUUACAGAGAUAGAAAAUCUCGGAAAACAACAGGUCGUGCGCACGUGGGCAAUGUGGAGGUGGUGACGCAGGCGGAGUUUUCGGGGCUGGAAGCUGCCGUGCGCCAAGGUGAAGAGUGA